AUGUCUUCACCAGUCUGGUUCAUCACAGCUGCAUCAUCAGGCUUCGGUCAUGACAUCGCGCUCCAUGCCCUCAAACUAGGUCACACUGUCAUCGCAACAGCGCGCAGCACAUCUCGUGUCCAGGACCUUGCCGACGCAGGAGCCCACACCCUCGCCUUCGACGUAACAUCUCCCAUUUCAGACCUUGAAGCCAUCGCAAAAGACGUCUACGCCAAGCAUGAUCGUGUUGACUAUCUCAUCAACGCUGCUGGAUUCAUCCUCGAUGGUGCCGCCGAAGAGAUCUCACAGCAGGAGCUGUACGAUAGCUUCAACACCAAUGUCUUUGGCAUCUUUAACACUAUCAAGGCUUUCCUACCUGGUAUGAGAGAGCAGAGUGUUGGAGAGAAUGGCCGUCGUGGAACAAUCGUUACAUUUGGCAGUAUCGGCUCUUGGAGAGGAGGUGCUACAUACUCUGUCUACUCCAUGGUGAAAGCCUGCAUGUCCUCCCUCGCCGAGUCACUGCGCUAUGAACUUGAACCGUUCAACAUCCUAGCUUCAGUUGUUGAGCCAGGCUACUUCCGCACGAGUUUCCUCAAUCCUGGUGUGAAGGUCACUAGCAAGAAUCGCAUGGACGUGUACAAUGACGAGAAUACACCCACGGGCAAGACGCGCAUAGCGUUGGAGAAGACGGAUAACAAUCAGCCUGGCGACGUCAAGAAGGGAACAAAGGUUAUUGUGGAUAUUCUGACAGGGACGGGUGUUGGAAAGGGGAGGGAUGUGCCCGUGAGGAUUAUUCUGGGCAGUGAUGCGGAUGUAUUUAUUCGGAACAAGCUCAGUGAGACACUAGAGAUCUUGGACGAUUGGAAGAGUGUCACUGUCAGUACUGAUAUCACAGAGUAG